CCCCGAGCCACGCCGCCAGCGCGGGACGUUUUAGUGAGCGGUUUUCUCUCCUCGUUUGGUCAGUUGGUUUGGUGGCAGCGAGCAGCGAAGAACAGUUAGGCUUGGUAGUCAGUUUAAGUGAGUGAAAAAGAAGCUCCGUUGCGGAUUUCUUUCUACAAAAAUGGCUCUUAGCCGCAUCUACUCGUCGAAAUUGGCCAGUGCCAACAAGAACCUUCUACCGGUGAUCACCACCUACGUGCGCAAUGCUUCCGACAGCACCGACCUGAAGGCCAUCCUCUCCGAAAAGAUCGCCAAGGAGCAGGAACGAGUCAAGAACUUCCGCAAGCAGCAUGGUGCCACCAAAGUGGGCGAAGUCACCGUCGACAUGAUGUACGGUGGCAUGCGCGGAAUCAAGGGUCUGGUUUGUGAAACUUCGGUUCUCGACCCAGAUGAGGGUAUCCGAUUCCGUGGACUAUCCAUUCCCGAGUGCCAGAAGGUGCUUCCAAAAGCUCCAGGUGGCGCUGAACCACUGCCCGAGGGUCUGUUCUGGUUGCUGAUCACCGGUGAUGUCCCAACCAAGGCCCAGGUCGAUGGCCUGUCGCGCGAAUGGGCCAAUCGUGCCGCUCUGCCGUCGCACGUUGUGACAAUGCUGAACAACAUGCCAGCAACGUUGCACCCCAUGUCACAGCUUAGCUGUGCCGUGACUGCCCUCAACCACGAGAGCAAGUACGCCAAGGCCUACUCCGAGGGUGUGCACAAGAGCAAGUACUGGGAGUACGUGUACGAGGACAGCAUGGAUCUGAUUGCCAAACUGCCAGUCGUUGCUGCCACCAUCUACCGUAACACGUACCGUGAUGGUAAGGGCAUCGGUGCCAUUGACCCCAAGAAGGAUUGGUCUGCCAACUUCACCAAAAUGUUGGGCUACGAAGACGAAAAGUUCACCGAACUGAUGCGCCUGUACUUGGCCAUCCACAGUGACCACGAGGGUGGUAACGUGUCGGCUCACACCGUGCAUCUGGUUGGCUCCGCUCUGAGCGACCCCUACCUAUCGUUCGCUGCCGGUAUGAAUGGAUUGGCUGGUCCACUCCACGGUCUCGCUAACCAGGAAGUAUUAGUGUGGCUGCAGAAGCUGCGCAAGGAGCUCGGCGACAACGCCAGCGAAGAAAAGGUCAAGGAGUUCAUCUGGAAGACGCUCAAGUCCGGACAGGUCGUUCCUGGCUACGGUCACGCCGUCCUGCGUAAGACCGAUCCUCGCUACACUUGCCAGCGCGAGUUCGCCCUGAAGCACCUGCCAAACGAUCCUCUGUUCCAGCUGGUUUCCAACAUCUACAAGGUUGUGCCCCCAAUCCUGACCGAACUCGGCAAGGUCAAGAACCCAUGGCCCAACGUAGAUGCCCACUCCGGUGUUCUGCUGCAGUACUACGGACUGAAGGAAAUGAACUACUACACCGUUCUGUUCGGCGUUUCCCGUGCUCUCGGUGUGUUGGCCUCGCUCGUUUGGGAUCGCGCCCUGGGUCUGCCAAUCGAACGCCCGAAAUCCAUGUCCACCGAUGGACUGAUGAAGGCCGUGGGUGCUAAGUAAAUAGGCACCCCCACGACCAUUCAACCAAAAACAACCAACCAGCCCCGUUUUCUUCGAAGAACCAAGUACGACACGAACCAGCGAACCGCUCAAAGAGAAUGCAAAACACGCAGAAUGAGACAGUGCUUGGCAUCUCGUUCAAGAGAAUGUCCCAUGCGCAGCUGGCAGUGAAAGAGCAGUGAACUUACACCAAAACUUCAACUUCUGUUCCCCCUACAAUUUUUACUUACGCCUCGUCCUUAGUUUCGAGUUUUCCUCAACUUGUAAAGGAUCAGGAAGACCGAAACCAAAACUUUCACAACAUAUACAUUUGUAAUAAUUGUAUGAUUUUAAUUAAGAUGUUAAGAGCAUUAGUAACUUAAUUAGUGUUAGGAAUACAAGCAAAAAAGCGGUAAGCUUUGCUAGCGCUUGCGGGCAUCCAGCGCGAAAAGGGGCUCCUCUCCCCGUCUGUGUACAACACUGUAAACUUGAACCAACGAAAACAAAGGCAGAGUGGGGGCCUUUUUUCGGAAAAAAAGCUGAAAAAAUAAAUUCUUUUAUUUAUUAUCUAUUUAAAA